AUGAUCCAGCACGACCAGGGUGCUUUUGACGAGACCAUCCUCGAGGUGCUCGGCCUGGAAAAUUCCGCGACAUCCGCCGGGCCUGUUUACGACAGUCACUGUUUGCCCUUCGCUUUCCCGAGCGAAGAGGGCAACGAGAUGAUCGCACUGUACGCGAUGUGCUGGUGGAAUGAGGUGGAGCGCCUCGCUGGUAAGCCUGGCAAGCGCCGCUCGCGGAUGGUUGGGUUCGUGGACCCACGGAGAGCGGACAUCAACCACGUGGUCGGGUUCCGGGGCACCGACGUGCCCGCCCUGCUCUACCACUUCGCUGGCCGGUCGAAGGAGUGGGACGAGAUGCUGGCCAAGUUCGGCAUUCCGCGCCGCCACACCGCCGACUGCGCCAAGGUGUUCCGCGUUGUGGACGAGGCCGCAGGGCAGCGCGCCUGUGUGCCAGGCAACGCAGGCGUGGAGGACCUGUUCGGCCACUGCCCUCCCGACCUCACAGUGUGCUGA